CAGAACUCACAUAUCUGAUAAAAAUACACGACGCGAUUAUUUCACCAGACUUCUACCAUCAACAGAACGGUGCGCUGAACUUUCUAAACGAUCGAAAAUGAUGCGUGUAUUGUGCUUGGCUUUGGUUUUGGGCGUGGUACUGAGUGAGAAGCCCGAGUUUGGUUCCCAGCAUUGCCAGACUGUGCUGGCCACCGACUGUUCGGGAUACACACCGGAACCCGUCUGCGCAUUCGAUGGUACUAGCUACGUCACCUACCAGAACAGUUGCGAGUUCGCCAAGGGCAUCUGCACUCACCACGGACACAGUCUUCACGCUGUGCACGAAGGCUCGUGCGGCACCAGUACCAGUACCCCCUAAAUAAACAGUUCCGAUUGAUACAUUUGUUUAAAAAAUAUUAUAUAAACAUCAUUGAAUA